GUAGCUAUUGUCACAUUUCAGGCAGUUUGCUUGCGUUCGUGGAUGAUCUGGAAAUUCACGAAGGGACAGAAUCUCUUAAGGAAUAUCGGUUCGGCUCGCAUACCAUACAGAUAUUCUUUUGCGGAAUCUGUGGUGCCAAUGUUUAUAACAAGUCGGUGA